AUGUCUCUGGAAUACACGUCUGUGGAUCAGAUCCCGGCAAUUGUGUCAGCCAUUAGAAGGAGCUUUCUAGCCACACUUGAUUCGAAUACUGUUGAAUUCCGUGUUGCUGCACUAAAAGCACUGUACUUUGCUCUGAAAGACAACGAAAAAGUGAUCUUUGAUGCACUCAAAAAAGAUUUCAACAGACCUGAAAUUGAAACUUUUGUGUUUGAUCUCAAUACUACGUACUCUGAACUACUUGAACUCAUUGGCUCGCUACCCAAAUGGCUCAAGCAUCAGAAACAAUCUUCCAUGCCAUUGCACGCCCUAUUAUCUACUUCAUACAUUGAAUAUAUUCCGAGGGGAGUCGUUCUGGUGAUCAGUCCAUUCAACUAUCCUUGGAUGCUGGCUAUAUCUCCCGUGGUGGGCGCGAUUGCUUCGGGAAACAAAGUUGUGUUGAAGCCUUCCGAACAGACUCCCCACACGUCGGCAUUGAUGCUACGGAUAUUCCGGGAAACCUUGCCAGGAUUGGUUGAAGUUGUGAACGGUGGGUCUGACCAGGUUCAGGCUCUGCUGGCGCAAAAGUGGGAUUUGAUCCUGUUUACUGGUAGCGAGAAGGUUGGAAAGAUAGUUGCGUGCGAGGCUGCCAAGACGCUGACCCCAACCGUUCUGGAACUAGGCGGAAAAUCUCCAGCAAUAAUCACUUCAAAUCAUGGCGACCUUGACGUAUUGCUGGACAGAAUUAUGUGGGGUGGAUUCGUUAAUUCCGGUCAAACUUGUGUUGCUGUGGACUACUUGUUAGUUGCAGACUCCGUCUACGAAGAGAUCUGCGCUCGCAUUGUAAAACGCGCAAACGAAACUUACGGAUUACUGGAUUCGAAGUCAGAAUGGAGUCACUUGAUCAACACCAAUUCGUUUGAUCGUGUGACAUCGAUCAUAUCUGAUUCCAAGGGAACAGUCGUGUUUGGUGACAAGUCCAAAUGGGACAAAAACACCAGCUUUGUACCUCCCACCAUUAUUCGUGAUGUUGGCUGGGAAGACUCCACUAUGAAGCAGGAAUUAUUUGCGCCUAUUCUGCCUAUUGUGAGAUACUCCACGCUGGAGGAGGCUGUGCAAAACGUCACAACCUUCCAUGAUACUCCAUUGGCGCUGUACAUCUUUUCUGAUGAUGCCGAAGAACAAAAGUUUCUCCAAACGAAUAUUCGUUCCGGUUCCGUCAGUAUCAAUGAUACUAUGGUGCAUGUUGGAAUCAUGAGUGCGCCUUUUGGUGGAAUUGGUUCUUCUGGUUACGGAAACUACCACGGGCGGUUCUCCGUGCAGACGUUCUCGCAUCAGCGCCAUGUCUUCAAACAACCUGUUUGGGUGGAGUUUUUGUUGAAGAUCCGUUAUCCAGAUUACUCCGAGCGCAAAUCUCAGAUAUUAAAGAUGACCGUGUUGCAGAAGGAGACAUUUGCGAGGGAAGGCCACUGGUCUCUGCGGGCUGUGUUGGUUUCAUGUGUGGGCAUUCUUGCGGUGGGAAUUGCAUUUUUGGUAUAUAUUUUUUAG